AUGUCCUUAUCGAUUCCGCAGCGAGAUUACCGCCAGAAUCACUAUUUUAUGCUGGAGGUGGACCGCGGGGACGUUGGGUUGGUGCUGGAACAGUUCCCGCACGUCCGGUACGAGCAUCCUUCACGCGCCUUGGACAAGUAUCAGGUGUUUUCUAUCAGCAAGAGUGUGCCACUGGAGGAGGUUGAUUUGACAAUUGACCGGCUCCAACACCUUCAUGACACUGGCGUUCGUCUUUCCAAACGCGACACAGCCUCGCAAGACCCGUUACAUCGCCGCCUCGCACAAGUAGGCGUCAAGGCGGUGCACUUAUUACCUCCUAAAAAACUGGCUCGGCGAGCCCCCGUGCCCGUCACGGACUCGUCGCAGGAAAUAGUCGAGCAAGCGCAGAAGGAGUUCAAGAUCAACGACCCCAUCUUUUCUGACCAAUGGCAUCUGAUUAACGCCAAUUUCCCAGGCCACGACGUGAACGUGCUGCCUGUUUGGAGACGAAACAUCACCGGAUCGGGAGUGGUCACAGCGUUGGUGGACGACGGCCUGGACUUUGAGAGCGAGGACCUGGCCGCAAACUUCUGUGCGGAAGGUUCCUACGACUUCAACGACAACGACCCGCUACCCAGACCACGGCUCAAGGACGACUACCACGGGACCAGGUGUGCGGCAGAGAUUGCUGCAGUGAAAAGUAACGGGGUGUGUGGUGUUGGUGUUGCCUACAACUCAAAAGUCGCAGGAAUACGAAUUCUCUCUGCAGAGAUCAACUCUGACGACGAGGCCGUCGCCAUGGUGCACGGACUCGACGUCAACGACAUUUAUUCCUGCUCGUGGGGGCCGCCAGACGACGGUAAGGCCAUGGACGCACCGGACAAAGUCAUAAAAGAGGCCAUGUUGAAAGGCAUCCAAGACGGCCGCAAAAAUAAAGGCGCGUUGUACGUCUUUGCCAGUGGAAACGGCGCUUUCCACGGAGACAGCUGCAAUUUCGACGGCUACACAAACAGUAUUUAUUCCAUCACGGUGACCUCGAUCGACCACAAGGGCCUCCAUCCACCAUAUGCAGAGUCAUGCACGGCCGUGCUGGUCUCGACAUAUUCGUCCGGGUCCGGUGAACACAUGCAUACCUCAGAUAUCAACGGCAAGUGCACCGCCAAUCACGGAGGAACUUCUGCUGCUGCCCCACUGGCUGCCGGGGUGUACGCUCUUGUUCUGGAAGCGAACCCAGACCUCACCUGGCGUGACGUGCAGGCGUUGUCUGUGCAUGCGGCCGUGGAGGUGGAGUCCAACGACCCCAGCUGGCAGAACUCGUAUCUGGAAGGCAGACGGUACUCCCCCGUUUAUGGGUGGGGGAAAGUGGAUGCAGAGAAGUUUGUGGACGCGGCACAAAACUGGACGUUGCUGAAGCCGCAAUCGUGGUAUUUCGGCCCUGUGCAGACGGUCGACCUCGCGCUAGAGACAGUCGACACCGUGAAAAGCACAAGAGAGGUCACCAAGCAGGACCUCGAGGCGGCCAACCUGCACCACAUCGAGCACGUGACCGUGACGGUGAACAUCGUGGCCACGCGCCGAGGCGACGUGUGUGUGACGCUGGUGUCGCCGAACGGGAUCCGGUCCGAGCUGUCGCAGGGACGGCGUCUGGACAACGACCAGCGCGGGUUCAAGAACUGGACGUUUUCGUCUGUGGCGCAUUGGGGCGAGCCUGGCGACGGAACAUGGACGUUGGAGGUGAAGAACGCGAAGGAGCGCAACAGUCUCAAGGUUCAGGACUGGAGUCUGCAUUUCUUUGGCGAGUGUAUUGAUCCGGCCAAGGCCAAGCGGUUCAGUCUGGACGAGGACUACACUGUCAAGCCACAAACGUCAGAGGAGGACAAAAUAGAUACCCCGGAGACGACGCAGAUCGCUCCCGCAACCAGCAGCACGGUGGCGGAGGUUGUCUCCAGCACGACGAGCACGAUAGAGUCGGCCACCCCUACGGUCGACGACGGUAGCAAGGAGGACGACGGAGUCUACGAGCAAACAGACUCGCACUACGAGGAGUACUUUCUGUUCUUCCUUGCGCUGGGUUUCAUUAUCUGCAUCUGGAUGCUCAAGACGCGCAAACAGCCGGGCCGCGCUCGUCGCAGGGACGAGUACGAGUUCGACAUCAUCCAGCCCGAGGACGACUACGACUCCGAGUACGCCUCGUCGCACCGCCACAACUCGUCCUCGUCGAUCGACCCGAUGGCGACGAAAGCACGCAGCUCGCUGGACGCGUCCAAGUUCAAGCAGACCGCCAAGUCCGACCAGGACUACCUGGCCCGCGAGGACCAGGAGCGCGAGCGGCUGUUCAACACGUUCAACGGCGUCGACGAAACCGACCCGGACGGCGACGAGAUGUACCGCAUCACCUCGCACGACUCGGCAUAA